AUGGCCUUUAAGAUUUUCGUUGCACUCACUUGUUGCCUUGCACUGUGCGUGGUUGGCACUGUGUCAUACGGAGGUCACCACGACCAUGGCGGUCACCAUGACUUAGGUGGACAUGAACACGGUGGGCAUGGACAUGACAGUGGCGGAUCCAGUCAUGCUUCUGUUCAUCUAGUUUCACACGACGAUCAUCAUGAUCAUCAUGGACAUGGGCAUGGUCAUGGACCUGGACACGGAGAUGGUCAUGAUUCACAUGCUGAGUAUCAUUUUUCUUAUGGCGUCAAGGAUAAGAAAACAGGUGACAUCAAGGGACACAGCGAACAUCGAGAUGGCCACAAGGUAUCCGGUCACUACGAGUUGAUCGAUUCGGAUGGUAAUAAGCGAACUGUCCACUAUACAGCUGACAAACACAGCGGUUUCCACGCUGAAGUGCACCGCGAACCCACACAUCAUCAUGUAGCCGACCACGGUCACACCAGCUACCACGGUGGACACGCUGAGGUCGAACAACACGAAGGCGGGCAUGGAGGACAUGACGGCGGCCAUGGUGAUGGAGAUGGACACGGGCAUGGUCACGAACACGGUCACGGACAUGGUCACGGACAUGGUGAUGGACACGGCAGCCAUUCAAGUGGCUUUUCCAUCAAACAAGAACAUGGUGUGGCUUUCCAUCACGGUGGUCACGGACACGGUGGUCACGGAGGUCAUCAUUAA